GUUUACAGGCAUCUAGGUUUGCAGAUACGUAGCCGUUUUCUUACACUUUUUGGGAUAUCAUCCGGUUUUCACUCGCGCUGGCCACUGUUUCUUAUUCUGUAUCAUCAGACAUAUAUAGAGAAGCGGGCCGUACUCGACUCUUUAUCUUCUUGGGUUUGCUUUGAUCGUAAACACUGUGGUUAAAACAAUCAGUCACACUAAACCUAAAGAAAGACAAAAAGAUGUCGCUGUCUCUGGACAUUGGUGAGCGCCUUGGUGUGCUUCGGGCAACAUUUCGCAGUGGUAAAACACGGACAUACGACUGGCGACUCGGCCAAUUAAAACAGCUUGACCGUUUUCUUAUGAUACGGGAAUACAUCGUGAUCGUCUUGCUCUCCCCGGCCAUGAAAGAUCCACGGGGAGCAUGGCUCAUGUCCUGCGAUUUGGAGUGCUAAGUACUCACGCACAACAGUGGAGCAAUUUUCUUGCCCUUGCGAAAAAUUUAGCUUUUUAGAAAUCCGUUAUUAAGAGCUUUCCCGUAUGAUAUAGUCCCUAGGGUUUGGGCUAGACCACUGCCAUGAUAGCUCUAAUUCCAUAUCGGAGAACGCUGAUGCGAUAUGCGAAAGCUGUGCUAAAGAUUUGGGUCGUCACGCAAACGAGUCGCAUCUAAAUGAGGUAUGCAAUUCCUAUAUUGGAGUGCGAAAAGCCAUGGAUGAUCUAGGAGUGUGGAUGCGACCGCAAAGGGUGCAACAGCCGCUAGAAAUGCAGCCUGGACGAGCGGAGUAUAUUGAUGAUAUUUAGCAGAUUCUGUUGAUCUUUCAUGAACCCUAAUGCUGAGUCUGUCUUGGUCAUCAUGACUUAUAUGUGUCGUGUUGGCUGGGGUAGCCUCUUUUGGUCCCUCCCCCUUUUUGUCAUGUUUAAUCUUUCCCCGACUCUGUGGCUCUUAUCUGGUUUUGCUUACUCCAGCUCUUCUAGCGCGGCACUUUCUCUUGCGAUGUUCUUACUUCACUGCAAUUACAAAAUACUACUGGUUGUUCCUUAUAUGUGUCGUGUUUGGAGUCUUCUGUUAAGAACGCACUCUGAUAAAGAAAAAGAACAUACUGGAUUUAGAUCAUUUAGAAUUAGAUUGAUGUGAAUCUAUUCGGCAAUCAUAUCGCCCGCCGCCUACUUUCUCAGAGACUAGACUGAUGGCCUUUCUACACUCUUACUCCACCGAAAUACUGAUCUUAGAAAGUCCUAGGUUCAUCUUAUUAUUUAGAAUUUACGAAGGCUUCUUCAAAAAACACACGGUACAUCUCAGAGCAUACCUAAGUACCACGACUGGCACUUGGUCAUGUGCAGUUUGUUGAAGACUGAUUGUUCUCGCUCGCAUCUCUUCAUACUGACUCCUACGACGACAGUCAGUGUUUCCGAUCCAGCACGACAGAUCAAAUCCUGUCAUCAUCAAAGGUACGCAUUCGAGCCGAAGGGUGUAGUACUAAUCAUUCCCGCUUGGAACUAUCCUGUCGCCUUGCUCGUUGACGGUGUAUGCUCUGCCAUAGCAGCAGGAAACUGCGUAGUUGCGAAGCCUUCGGAAAUUUCGUCGCACACCGAGAAACUCUUAGCUGAAAAGUUACCCCAAUAUCUCGAUCCCGAAGCUUUCGUUCUUAUGGGUGUGAGUAGGUUUGCACGGGUUUGCGUACUACUUCACUAUUGGGGUUGUUGGAAGCUGAAAGAUGAUUGAAACAAGAUCGAUUUAGAUUUUUUAGGAACACUGACUUGACAAGAGUGCUGUAAAUUUUUGUAGGGAGCUCUGAUGACAGCAAGAUUGAUAAAGAUUCACAGUCGCGAACGUCUGCGAUCGAUUAUUUGGAGAGAUGACAUUUAAAUUCUUUAGAGACAAUCUUGCAUCUAAUAUCCUACUCACCGGAGGCGCGGAGGUUUCACAGGCGUUGCUAAGCGAGCACCAAUUCGCGCAUAUAGUCUUCACGGGAGCCGAAGUUGUGGCGCAGAAGAUAGCGAGUAAUCAAAACGUAACACGAAACCUGACACCACUCUUAAGGCUCGCGGAACAGCGUCAUGUACACAAAUAAAUUUGGUGUCUUACUCUAAAUCCAGUACGUAACUCUGUUGAAUCUGAGGAAGUAAGGCUCUACGGGAGACACGAGCCAAGCAUCAUUUUUUUUCUAAAAGCAAUCUAAAGAGAAAGCCAGGGCUUUUCGCAUGUUGGACAUGAGACAUACUCCAAGCACCAGUUUCUCUAAAUGAUCUAAAUAGGAAACCAGAUGCGUUCUCUUCACUUUGGAUGUCAUAAUGUGGAGACAUAGACCCAGCAUCCCUUUUCCGAUAACUGCUAAAUUUGCCUCUACACUGUUGUAAACUCUAGUAAAAUUAUACUUCUAGCACAUCAACACAAUCUGGUUACAGUUAAGUCUCCCAUUGGUUCUAAUUCACACCUUAGACCUUGCUGGUAAGCUGCUGCAUCACUCUUCUAGCUUCUAAUUCUCACCUUAGAACUUGGUGGUAAGAAUCCCGCGGUCAUUCUGCCCAGUGCCCUGUACAACGACGGUGUUGGUCUGUGGGCGUCUAUGAAGACUGCCUUCAGCCUUGCAGCAUCGGAACUACGUGGAAUGUUAUGCUAUAGUUGAAAAAAGGGCUUCUUCCUACAGCUGAGAUAAUUCAACUGUAGGAAGAAGCAAGUCCGAUUUGUGUGGAGAUGAAGAACGAAGCUAAUUUUGUAAUGAGUUGGUAGUUGUAUGGAGAACAAGGUCUGAGGAUCGGAGGAUAAUUCAACUGUAGGAAGAAUAUCGGGAAUAGGUAUGAGGAUCUAAGUCAUGAGGUGGUUGUAUCUCGUGGUUGGGUAUAUGAGUACAUUGUAUCUCAUGUCUUGAAGUCGUAUACACUUUCUGCGUUCUGAAGCAAGCCUUCUACUCUCGAUUUUCUUACAGUUCUAAUUUUUCUUCAAUCCGCGGCUCUCCAUUCCAGUAGCAGCAGCUCGAUCACGAGAAAGAGAGACGAGUUGCGGAUCCCAAAAACUGGCAAGAACCUGCAGAGUUUCAAAGUGCUCCUCCGUCGGCUUCUGAAGUUAAGAGAGCCUGGAAUAUUCAUUCAAAAGGUGCAUUCUUGUGUACUUGUAUUUGGUGGAAGUAACGAAGAGCAUCAAGGUGCAUUUACUCUGGUCUAACUAUUGGAAAGACCACGAACUGCGGCCAAAUCUGCAUGUCUCCGGACUAUAUUCUGAUACCACACGAAAUGCUUCCCGAUCUUAUCGCUGUUUAUGAAAGGACACUUUCUUCAUCUUCUAAGCAUAUGAUUACUUAUGCACAUUUUUGUGCUGCUACAGUACAAACGCUUAUGACCUUGUAUUUUCAAAAACCGCAGGAAACGCCUUUAAAGGCGAUCAACACGAACAAACCCCUCGUCCUCCUUGGGGCGCUCUGCCCGCCUGUCUCUCUACACCUCGCGUGCAAGAGGCGGAAAGGCAUCCUGUCCUAUCUAUCCUGUGCCCUGUGCCACCGCCUUACCCUUCGUACUACCUGUACCACCCGAUUACUAGCUUCUAUCCUUAGUACUUACCUUGUUCUGUUUUCCUUCGAUUAUUGAUGCAUCCAAACUCGUCACCGUCUACAACUGACCUUACGUCUCUACCUCCUACCACAUUCUAAUUUCUUUCCCGUGAGAUCAUUCGUGAGGGAUUUGGCGCAAACGCGCGCACGAGUGACAGCUACUGCCGCAUCGUAAACGCGAACCACUUCCGGCGUCUGCAGCGGCUAAAAGAGACGCAUAGUGGUGAGGUAAUCCACCUCUUUGCAGAAGGAGUGGAAGGACAUUACGUUCUCUUUUGGACGUAAAUUCUCAUAGUUAUACAUAUUGGGUAUCAAUGUACUUAGCUUUCUUGUCAAGGGUAGCAUCUGCAGUUGAGUGGACCAAUCGCAGGUAGGAGCAGUCAACCUGGUCCUAAGCUCAAGUAGAGCUCGUUUCCUCUCCACAAUCCAUCUAAUUCCAACCUGCAGACGAGAAGGAAAGGUUCUUCCCGUUCGUCUUCAUGAUAAACCCAAACAUGAGUGACCCGGUGAUGAAGGAGGAAGUCUUUGGCCCUAUUCUUCCCGUUGUUACGUACACUGCAGAUGACGUAGGUACUACUUCUUUGAUACAUUUGGAUUGAACCUGAACAAGAUAGACGUAAGUGUAUUUUCAUACAAAACGCCUUUUAAUCGUUGAGGCUGUCCUGACACUUAGCUCUGUAGAGUAUCCUAGUUCAGUAGGAGGAAACCCGUCACCUCUUACUACAUUUUAUUAUAAUUCAACUACAUUUAUUACAAUUCAACAGACCACGUCUCUACGGUCACCAUGAACGGUGGUAACAGGGACAAUUGCAUGCAUUUCGCGGGAAACUUGUAAUUUGUCUUUCUCAUCUGAGAACAAGCUUCGUCCAGGUGAUUCUUGCAGGUAAAUUUGUAUCCUUCAUGCUUUCAGGUAACUCCACCGGUUCCUUGUCGAGCUUUUUGAAUGACAAGAUCGCGGAAAUCCAUAGUUCGCCGUUAAUGACCUACAUUUUUGGUUUUGAAGACGCGCUCACCGAAGAAAUCACCAGGAAACACCAGUCCGGAAACGUAAUGGUGAAUAACACCCUAUUAACUUUUGGUCAUGAGAACCUCCCUUUCGUUGCGGCAAUCGCUAUAAAGCAUGUCGUUCUUAACAACAUGAUCCUUGGAUCUUCUUUUUCUGAAAUUGAAAGUGAAGCAGCCAAGGAUGUGACAUCCAAGGAAGAUGGCAAUGUGGUUCUUCUAAUUUCGGAGGCAUUGGGCGCAGUGGUACUGGCAGACAGCACGGACGCGCGGGGUUUGAGGAAUUUUACGAGAAUCAUGAUUCUACGAAUCAAGUACAACUAGUAUGAUUACCUUGACAUACUGAGUUGAUCGAGACCCCUAUGAACUAAGAAUCAUGAUUCAAGAUGAAUCAUGAUUUAACACCCUCUUCUAGUAUUUUAUCCAUCUACCUCUUUUUUCGUCCAUCUACCUCACCUAACGUUUGUUCACCAAAACACAUCCUUAUCUAAUUUGUGUCCUAUCGUCGGACCUACUUUCGGCAUUACGUUCUGCCUUUCGGAUUGGAGCUUCUCUUUAUGGGCGUGGCGCCUUGGGAUCGAUUUGGACCCUUGAAUAGUAUGAUGCUUCCCGUUUUCCGCGCGAUCCACCCAGCACGAAAGCUUAUAGCGAAAUACGGACCAAGGAUCUUCAAACUUAUGAUUCUUGCAUGGAGUUGAUGACUUCUGUCAGGGAUGAAACCUUUGGCAGACUGUCGAAUAGAUUCAUCACACCAUCAGAAAGGCACUAAACAGAGGCCUGCAAGACUGCUUAAAUGUUCGUGUGCUCAGCACUCAGACUCAGAAACCGUUUUUCGAUUUUCGCAAGAAGGAGACGAGAUGACUAAGACAUAUUGAUCUUUAUUUCGAUGUCCUCCUAAUGUGUUUUUUCCUAGCUGGUAAGGCUCGUCGACCACAAAAUACUGAAGACUGAGUAAGGGUAAAAGAACGGUAAAAGAACGGCUAGUGCAAGAAGAUACUCAAACUUCAGCUUGCGGUUUCAACUCAGAGACAUGAUACAGACUGACUCAAUCGCUUAACCUUUCCUGCUCUAAUAGAAUGGGAGUCUUCGCCUAUCUUUGGCACACACUGCUAGCGCCAACAUUGCUCCUAUUUGUACGCGAGCAGGGCGACAUUGCGAAGCUGACCUCUCUGCAGACAUUAGACUUAAGGCUCUAGAAUUCCUAUUUCAUACUAGGGUAUCCGUUUAUCUCCUUUGCAAGGUACGUAAUCAUGUUGCAGAGGGAUUGUCAGUACAUUGAUUGAGAAACCCUGGGAGUGUAGUAUGGUCGUUUGUAGUGAGGUACUCAGCAUUCACAGAGCAAUGGCUACAAUUAGGCGCUUUCUAUGAUGGUGGUGGUGCGUCAUCCUUCGUGUAGUAAAUGAAUGUUUCGAGCUCUAAUAGACGGAAUUAUUCGAGCUCUUGUGGCCACCAUCGCACGUGGGGGAUUAACUAAGAAUAUGUCAGCAGGUCGGACAGCCGAGUUGUAGACGAAUCUGCCUCGUCCACAAUGAACAGCCGAAUUGUAGUCGAAUAUUAUUUUUCCAGAGAGAGAGCAGCUAGCCGACUAUCUAGGCAUGAUUCUAAGGUCAAACAGCUUGAUACUGUCACAAGGUGCUUGUAGUACAACUAUAAUUCGGUACUAAGACAACUUGAUUUCUGAAGACGUGCUACCAUAAUCGCGUAGUUGUUCACGUGGUUGUUGCACAUGUUCUUUGCGACGUUGACUCUUUUAGUCUCUGGACGUUGAUUUUUUUUUUUCCUAUGACAAGGGAGGAUUUUCCAUUCAUCGCGUUUUAUCAUUGGUCACUUUUUCCGCUGCUUGGAGUCGGUUUCUUGUUUAGAAAAUGUAGAGCUAGGAGUCCGGGGGGCUCAAUGUGAAGGAUCCCCAACCUAACCUAACCUACUUGAGUAGUGAGGCAC